AUGGAUGCAGUCGGCCAUAAGCGCAAGAAAAUGGCGUCAGGCGUCGAUCUGAACAAGUCGCUGGCGAUGGCGUCGGACUCGUCCGCGUCGGUUUACCACAUCGCAGGCUGGAGAACAUGUCCCUCUUUCGUGAAGGCUAAGGAGGUGGCGGCGGCCAUGCACGUGAUGUAUCCAGACCGUGUGGCCAUGGAGACGCACGCGUUCGAGGACAGAAACGCCUUCAAGCAGUGGCUCAGCACGUCGUAUGAAGACUUUGUCACACAGUUUGGACUCGACUCUAAAGCUACGACGCAUGUGACGUCACCUUUUGUAUGGAUCAGUAACCCCACGACGUUUGUGGGCGGCUGCGACGAUCUACUGGCGGUUUUCCGGUCGGGCAUCGCUGUCGGGAAUAUCCAAGACGUAACUAAAAGUGCAAAAGAUGGGGAGACACUUGAUGCUGCUGCUCCAACGAACGACACUGCUAGUGCUUCUGAAUUGAAUGAGUCGAAGGCACCUCCGAUUGUUGUAGAGGACGAGGUGAGCUACGACUACGACCUGGUGGUGAUUGGUGGGGGCUCCGGGGGCUUGGCAUGCUCUAAGGAGGCUGCUUCAUUCGGGAAAAAGGUGUGUGUGCUCGACUACGUGAAACCGUCUCCUCAAGGAACGUCUUGGGGUCUUGGCGGCACGUGUGUCAACGUUGGCUGCAUCCCAAAGAAACUGAUGCACCAAAGCUCAUUGAUCGGCGAGAUACUGUACCAUGACUGUGCGAGCUUCGGUUGGAACGUCGGGGGCGUGAAUGGGCAGGUCCCGACGUUUGACUGGAAGCAGCUCGUGUCGAACGUUGACUCUUACAUUAAGAGCAUCAGCUUUAAGUACAAGGUAGAGCUCCGCAGCAAGCAAGUGAAGUAUGAGAAUUUCCUCGGCUCGUUCGUGGAUCCACACACACUGAAGCUGUGGCAUCCAAAGAAAGGCACGAAGCAGAUCACUACCCGACAUGUGGUCAUCGCUGUGGGUGGCCGACCUAGGGUGCUGGCGUGUGUGGGCGGCGAGCUUGCAGUUUCGAGUGAUGACAUCUUCUGGAUGAAGCAGAAGGAACCUGGCAAGACGUUGGUCGUGGGCGCUUCGUAUGUAGCGCUCGAGUGUGCGGGCUUCCUGAAGGGGAUGGGCUACACUGUGAAGGUGAUGGUGCGCUCCAUCUUGCUUCGUGGCUUUGAUCAGGAUAUGGCUAGCAAGAUUGGAGAGUACAUGGAGAUGCAAUCAGGCAUCGAGUUCAUUCGCAAGACGGUUCCACAAUCCAUCACAAAGCUCGAUAGCGGUCAGCUGCUGGUAAAGUGGACAACGGAAGAUGGUGAUUGUUGUGAGGAAGCGUUUGACACAGUGCUCAAUGCGACGGGCCGUGAUCCUGAUGUUGCCAAGCUUGGCUUGGAUGAGGCUGGUGUAAAGCUGAACGAGAAGACGGGCCGCAUUUGGGUGAAUAAUGAGCAGACCACGACACCGAACGUCUAUGCCAUUGGCGAUGUCAUUGACGCGCCAGAGCUCACACCAGUAGCGAUCCAAGCGGGGCGUCUACUUUCUCGUCGUCUGUACAACGAAGGUACUGCGCAGAUGGACUACGACAAAGUUUGCACGGCGGUGUUCACGCCGAUUGAGUACGGCUGCUGCGGUUUAUCAGAGGAGGACAGCAAGGAGAAGUACGGCGACGACAGUAUGGAGGUGUACCACAAGAACUUUGUUCCGUUGGAAUGGUCGCUCGCUGAGCAGACCCGCCUCGCAGCUGAGUCCUGCUACGUGAAAGUGGUUUGCGACAAGACCCGCAAUAGUUUCGUGCUGGGCUUUCAUUACCUGGGGCCGAAUGCGGGCGAAGUGACGCAGGCCAUGGGUCUGGCGAUGAAGCUUGGUUUUACGUACGACCAGUUGGUCGACACCGUGGGCAUUCAUCCGACGACGGCCGAGGCAUUUACGACGCUAGAGACGACAAAGAGCAGUGGUGACUCGACAACUGGCGGAGGAUGCUGA